CCGAAAGUUAUACAUUGAAAAAUGAAAAUCAUAUAUAUUCGGUUUAUUUUUAAACCCUUUUGUGCGUAAAUUGAUGAGGGCAACAUACAGAAACAAUUUUCCAAGCAGCUUCAACCAUCCACCGAGGAGCCAAGCAGCGCCGAUCGGCCAUUUCAAUCCUUGCGAUCCUAAUUGCCACUAAUUCAAUUUUUGGUGGACAAGUAGAAGCAAGAGAGAAAAUGCUAUCGGGAUUGAAGUUUAUACCGCGUGAUGAAGUGGAACAAGUUAGAGAAGACAAGUUGGAUGAUUCUGCAAAGGAGAGGAAAAAGUCGAAAAGUAGGAAGAAGCAUAGGAAGAAGAAGGAGAAGUCUCGUUCUGAUAGUUCAGAUGAUGAAUUGGGGAAAAUAAGGAAAAGGUCUAAGAAGAAGAAUUGGCAUGGUUCAGAUGAUGAUGAUUUCUCCUCCUCCAGUGGUAGUGAUAGUCUAAGUGACUCUAAAUUGAAUAAGAAGAGAAAGACUGAUAAGAGAAAAGCAAAAAAGAAGUAUGACGACACCUCGGAAGAUGAGGAGAGAGAUGCUGUUGAAAAAGCUGAUAAGGAUAGUGCGAGGAAAGAUAUGGGACUUGACUGGAUGCUUAGACCGAAAGAGGAUAUCGGAAAGAAGGGCAACCAUGUAUCCGACGAUUUGCUAGAGAGAACUCCAGUUGAAGAGACAAAGAAAGUAAAUCCCAAAGAAAUGAAUCCAUACUGGAAGGAUGAUGGAAGUGGUUAUCCAGAUGAUACAGAUACGGGAAAGGCUGGAGGAGAUCAUCUCUUUUCUUCUUCUGUUGUAGGAGAUGGAGGUGCAAGUUGGAGACUGAAAGCUCUGAAACGUGCUAAAGAACAAGCAGCUCGUGAUGGACGCAAAUUGGAUGAGGUGGUUGAAGAGAGAUGGGGUUCGCUAGGGGAACUGGCUGUAUCUGUGGCAUCUCGUUCUGCUGCUCCAUCACGUGCUCAUCUGACAGCUAUACACAAUAGAAAGAAGGGACCAGUAGAAGAAAAACAAACUGUCACAGAUGCAAAAAGUGAAAGGGCUUAUGAGAAGGAUGUAUCCACCCCUAAUCCUAACAUGAGGAUUCCUAAACGACACGAUUCUUUAUCAUGGGGAAAGGGAAGAAGAAAUAGGAUGUCCACUGAAGAUGCAACCCUUGUAUCUUCAACUCUAGCAAGCCUUAAUAAGUUUUCUAAUGAUGGAAGCUUUAUGUCCGAAGUAACUAGUCAGCGUUCUGCUGAUUCUGGAGCAAAGCGUGACAGAGAAAGAAAGUCGGAUGUUGUUCAAAUAGAUUCAGAGAAACUUAGUGACGCUGUAGUGAAACCUGAAAUGAGCGCAAAUCAAAUAGCUGCGAAAGUAAUGCAGCUUCGAUUGAAGGGAAAGCAUGAAGAGGCUGAUAACCUUUUGAAAGAAGCAGAGAAAAUGAAAGCUCAGAGUAGUGGUCAGGAAAGUGCAAGCAGAACGCAGGAGGGACACACCCGCAGGUAUGUCAUGCAUGACAGCAGUGUUCGUCAAAAGAAGAACGAAGAAGAUGCUGACAUGCAUCUAGCUACUAAAAUAAUGCAAAACAAAAAAUUUAGCAUCUCUGGGCAGGCCGAUGAUGAAUAUGACUAUGACGAGGGCCCAAGAAAAAAGAGGGAGAAUAAAGGAGGCAAUGAUCAUAGGUCAGGAGUAAAGACUAAUUUCCCACAGCGCAUCUUAACCCAACACGAGCGGUGCCAAUUUUGUUUUGAGAAUCCCUCGAGGCCAAGACAUCUUGUUAUCUCAAUUGCCAACUUUGUGUAUCUUAUGCUCCCGCAGUGGCAGCCGAUUGUGCCAGGACAUUGCUGCAUCUUACCUAUGCAGCACGAGGCUUCUACAAGAAAUGUAGACAACAAUGUGUGGGACGAAAUACGCAACUUUAAAAAGUGUCUUAUCAUGAUGUUUGCCAAGCAAGAGAAGGAAGUGGUUUUUAUUGAAACAGUGAUGGGGCUGGCACAGCAACGCCGACACUGUUUGGUUGAGUGCAUACCUUUACCUGAAGCUGUUGCCAAGCAAGCACCUUUAUACUUUAAAAAGGCAAUCGACGAAGCUGAAGACGAGUGGAGUCAGCAUAAUGCAAAGAAACUAAUAGAUACAAGCGUGAAAGGCUUGCGCGCCUCGAUCCCAAAAGACUUCCCCUAUUUUCAUGUUGAGUUUGGUUUAAGCAAGGGAUUUGUUCAUGUUAUUGAUGAUGAAACAUCGUUUAAAAGCAAUUUUGGUCUCAAUGUCUUGAGAGGAAUGCUAAAAUUGCCUGCUGAAGACAUGCACAGUCGCAGGAAGCACGAAUCAGUGGACUCACAGAAAGUAGCUGUUAGAAAUUUCAAUCAAGAAUGGGAACCAUUUGAUUGGACAAAGCAAUUAGAUUGAAAUAUUUGGAAAACAAUUGGCUGUACCAUUAAUCUUGCUCCUUUUUUUUUUUGUACCUGUUUGUAUUCUUUUUUAGUAAAAAUAUAUGUUGAAAUUGCAUACUAAUACUGCUAUCAAUUUUUUGAUCUAUUUAAAUUUGUGAUUCAUAAAA